ACCAACAACACAUAUCGCUUCAAUGCUCUCUGCGCAUUAUACUAUAUCAUUUCUUCUUUUCCUCUUUUCUUUUUCUUUUCCCAAAGGCCAAAGGUAAAGUCAUUACUCAUAUUCCCCCUAAAGUCCCUAAACCCCUGAUUACCUCUUUGACGCAUUGGUCAGUGCAUCAUAACAAUUUUCCCCAUCUUCUCCAUAAGCACCUUUCAAUCCACUCUCAUUGCUCUUGUCUCGCUUUCUGCUUCAUACCCUUUAAUACUUUCACCAAACAAAGCACUGUGAAGCUAAGACCAAGAACCAUGAUAGCAUUGAAGAAGAUGGGUCAUCUUGAUUUUCUUGCUCUCCUCAUUCUCUCCUUCCUCAUAUCCACUUCAAGUGCUAAGUUCACGAGCAAGGUGGGAAUUAACUAUGGCCAAUUGGGAAACAAUCUACCAUCACCAUCAAAGUCGGUGGAGCUUAUCAAAUCUCUCAAAGCCAAGCUUGUGAAAAUCUACGACACAAACCCAAAAAUCCUUAACUCCCUCAAACACACAAACAUUAAAGUCUCAAUCAUGUUACCCAACGAACUCAUCUCCAACAUCUCCUCCAACCAAACCUUGUCCGAUCUCUGGGUCCGAUCCAAUGUCCAGCCCUUUUACCCACACACCAAGAUCCGAUACCUCCUCGUUGGCAACGAAAUCAUCAGCUCCACCGACAACAAAACCUGGUACAACCUCGUCCCUGCAAUGCGCAAAAUUAAAUCUUCCCUAAAAGCCCAUGGCAUUCACAAGGUCAAAGUUGGAACUUCGUGUGCCAUGGAUGUCCUAGAAUCGUCAUAUCCACCUUCGAACGGGACUUUCCGGGCCGACAUUUCGGGUCGGGUCAUGAAACCCAUGUUGCAAUUCUUGAACAAAACCAGAUCAUUUUUCUUCCUAGAUGCGUACCCGUAUUUUCCUUGGUCUUCGGAUCCUACCAGUAUCAAGCUCGACUACGCUUUGUUUGAGUCCAAGAAUUUCACCUACACGGAUCCGGGUUCGGGUUUGGUGUACACGAAUCUAUUUGACCAAAUGGUGGAUUCUGUAAUUUUCGCUAUGAAGAGACUCGGGUACCCGGGAAUUCGGGUCUGGAUAGCUGAAACGGGUUGGCCCAAUGGUGGUGAUUUCGACCAGAUUGGUUGCAACAUUUACAAUGCUGCCACUUACAACAGAAACAUAGUUAAAAAGCUCACAUCCGAAUCGGGUACUCCAGCCCGACCCGGAAAAGUCCUCCCAUCUUUCAUCUUCUCUUUGUAUAACGAGAACCAAAAGCCGGGUCCGGGUACGGAGCGGCAUUUCGGGUUAUUAUACCCGAACGGGUCAAAAAUCUACCCGAUUGAUCUUUCGGGGGAGACUCAGGUGUGGGAGUACAAAAAGCCUUUGCCGAAGCCAACCAAUGAUGAGAAGUAUAAAGGGAAGAUAUGGUGUGUGGUGGCGAAAGGAGCCAAUAGCAGCGAAGUUGGUGCGGCGUUAUCGUACGCGUGUUCACAGGGGAAUAAAACUUGUGACCCGGUUCAACCCGGGGGUAAGUGUUAUAAACCCGAGUCACCUAUUUGGCACGCAAGCUACGCGUUUAGUGCUUAUUGGGCACAGUUUAAGAAAGUUGGUGGGACCUGUUACUUUAACGGGCUUGCUACGCAAACUAUCAAGGAUCCAAGUUAUGGAUCCUGCAAGUUUCCAAGUGUUACACUUUGAAGAAGAUGUAACUUUGGCCCCCAUGGUCUCUCUUCCUAUGAAAACCUCAAAUAAGUUGCUAUAUUCACUCUUAUCAGAGUGAUUUGGGCUCCCCUUUUAUUUAUUUAUCUUUAUCUGAUCUCCAUUUUCCGAUUACAUUUUAGAAUUUAGAAGACAAAAAAAUUACCUUAGUCAUAAGGUACAUCAAUCCCUCUAGGAUUAAAAUGGGACCCCAAAUCACCCAAAUAUUAUUAUUAUUAUUCAUUAGUCGUUGCCUCAACUUUUAUUGUAAGAGUACAUUUAAUACAGACUAGCUUCCAACGGCUAUAUUUUUUGCCAACUAUUAACGGCUAUUGUUCGGUUCUUUUUAUA